UGCCAAUUGAAAAUAGGGUGGAUCCCAUUCCCUGGCUCUGCUGUCUUAGCCUGUCUGUCUUCCUGGCAAGAUGGACAGGUCUAAUGAAGCUGGACUCUCCAAAGCUAGCCCUUUAUGCUUAAGUUUAUGUACAGUUUUCUAUUGUUGUCUCACUUUGUCUUGCAUUGCUAUCGUCAUUUUUUUGGGUAUCAGAAAUCCAGUUACAGGCCCUACUACUUCUCUUCAAGUUGGAGAUAUUCUAUCUAAUAGUUCUGCUCUAAUAAAAGCUAAUUAUUCUGUAUCGUCAGCUACAUUUUUUAUGUUUCCAGAAGGUACUGUAUUUGUGACAGCCACAGAACCACCGAAAAUUACUGACCAUCUUCCUCCUAAACAUCUUUCCAUCAGUUCAAUUCGAUACGAUUUGAAUUACCUUGGACUCGUCACACCAAUCUAUUUACUUCCUGGAUCUAUACUUCAUUACAAUGUAUCUAUAACAUCGAAUGAAAGACUUGAUUCCUCAUAUUCAGCUUGUUUAUAUCUCUUCACAAGUCUUACUCGAUUUCAAAAUUUCUUGUCAUUUGUAGAAAAUGAUAAUUCAAGUAACAUGAUUUCAUAUUGUUUUACAUCACCAGUUACACCAAGGCAGCCUACUCUAGCAUCUCAUUCUUUUGACAUUGUUGAAGCUUCAAAAUAUUAUGUUGGAGUUGAAUUAGUAAGUGGUGUCAAUGUUAUUAUGAUGGCUAAUGCUUCUGUUGUGCGUGUAUAUUAUGAUACAAGAGGACUUUCACCACAUUGUAACAUGGUUCAAUUAUGUCACAUUGAUAUAUGUGAUGAAUUACUCUGUAGUCAUUCUUCAA